AUGAAAAAAAAUCAAAUAUUUUCUAAAAGUAUCAACAUCAUAAGAGAUCAUCAAUAAGAAUAUAAGCCAUCUUAUUAGUCAGCAUCAAAAUCAAAAUAGGAAUCAGAUGAGGAGAAUGGAAAUAUGUACGCCCCCAAAAUAAUGAAGAAGGACAUAAGGAAACAAAUAAUCAAGAUUAAGAACCAUUCUCACUAAGGGAAUAUGUAAAUUCAUCAAUAAUAGCCUAAAAAGCAUGGGAUUUUGAAUAUCACAAAAGGAGAAUCAAAAAAACAAAAUUAAUAGAAGCCUACUGGAUCAUUCCCAAUAUUUAUUAGGAAUAUAAAGGAUGGAUCAACGUCUAACGAAUUGAAAUAGUUAAUAAAUGAUGAUUCCAACAUAUUAGGAGUAUAAAUUAAUAACAAAUAAGGCACUAUUACAUUUUCAAAUUAAUAAUCUGCUGAUUAAGCAAUUGAACUUAUUAACAACUACAAAGAAAAUGGGUAUUAAAUGAGUGCUGUUCCAAAUUAUCAACAAUCCAGCAAGGUCAUCGUAUUGGGUUAAUUUCAAUCAGGCAGAGGAUUCAAAGAGGGCGGGAGACUGAGAAUGGAUGCAAAAGAAUCGAUUUUUGAUAGAAUACAAACCAAAAAAUAAUGA